CUCCAAUUCCCAGCCCCCCGCCCCGCGGGGUGCGGGGCCGGCGGCGCAUGCGCGAGGCCCGGCCCCCAAUUCCCCCAGCGAGGGAGGGAGGCCCCCGGCGGCCCGGAGGCUGCGAGCCGCGGCGGGACCGAGCGCACGCAGGGGCGCGGCGGCGGCCGGGGCGAACGGGCUGCGGGGGCGGCCGUCGGGAGCGGGGAGCGCCCCGUGCGGUGCCCGCCGCGUGCAGGCUCUAAGGCGCCGCCGGCUCGGCCCUGGGAGGGGCCCGGCGCCCGCAGCCCCCCACGCCCGGAGAGGGAUGCGGUGCGCCCGGAGAGCCCGGUAGCCUCGGAUCGCGGCGCUGCGCACGCGGUGAUGGAUGAGCCGUGGUGGGAAGGGCGCGUCGCCUCGGACGUCCACUGCACCCUGCGCGAGAAGGAGCUGAAGCUGCCGGCCUUCCGAGCCCACUCUCCGCUCCUGAAGAGCCGCCGGUUCUUUGUCGACAUCUUGACCCUGCUGAGUAGCCACUGCCAGCUCUGCCCCGCAGCCCGGCACCUGGCCGUCUACCUGCUGGACCACUUCCUGGACCGCUAUAGCAUCACCACCUCCAAGCAGCUGUACGCCGUGGCCAUCUCCUGCCUCCUGCUCGCAAGUGAAGCCGAGUCCUGUGGCCUUCAUCCCUGCCGUCAUCCUCCUCCCCAGGAGAGGGGAGCGUCAAGCAGGAGCCUGCUCAUGGCCUUUCUGCAAGGGCCCCUCUCUAGACGCUGGCCGUCCUGCAAGGCAGAGUCCUUGAGUCCGGAUGGAGUCUGUCGUGCUGUGCUGUGCUUACCUGUGGAAAGGCCCGUCUCCUUACGGCAGAUUUCUAAAAUUAGAAAUGGUAUGCUCACAGGUAAGUUCGAGGAUCGGGAAGACCAUGUACCCAAGCUGGAGCAGAUAAACAGCACGAGGAUCCUGAGCAGCCAGAGCUUCACCCUCACCAAGAAGGAGCUGCUGAGCACGGAGCUGCUGCUCCUGGAGGCCUUUGGCUGGAACCUCUGCCUGCCGACGCCCGCCCACUUCCUGGACUACUACCUCUCGGCCUCCGUCAGCCAGAAGGACCACCACUGCCACAGCUGGCCCACCGCCUGCCCCCGCAAGACCAAAGAGUGCCUCAAGGAGUACGCUCACUACUUCCUAGAGGUCACCCUGCAAGAUCAUAUUUUCUACAAAUUCCAGCCUUCGGUGGUCGCUGCAGCCUGCGUGGGGGCCGCUAGGAUCUGCCUUCAGCUUUCUCCCUACUGGACCAGAGACCUGCAGAGGAUCUCAGAUUACUCCCUGGAGCAUCUCAGCACCUGCAUCGAAAUCCUGCUGGUAGCUUAUGAUAAUGUCCUCAAGGACGCCGUUGCGGUCAAGAGCCAGGCCUUGGCCAUGGUGCCCGGCACACCCCCAGCCUCCACUCAAGUGCUGUUCCAGCCGCCCGCCUACCCAGCCCUCGGCCAGCCGACGCCGCCCACCCUGGUGCAGUUCCAGACCCCCGUGCAGGACCUGUGCCUGGCCUAUCGGGACUCCCUGCAGGCCCACCGUGCGGGGAGCCUGCUCUCGGGAGGCACUGGCUCAUCCCUCCAUGCCCCAUACCCUCCCCUCCAGCCCCUGGAUGUGUGCCCCGUGCCCCUCCCCGCGUCCCUCAGCAUGCAGAUGGCCCUCGCAGCCGAGCCCAGGCACUGCCUCACCGCCACUUACGGAAACAGCUUCUUCAGCGGGAGCCACGCAUUCCCCACAGGCUGCUUUGACAGAUAGGGCCCCUUUGGGCCACACAGGGAGGCCUUGGAGACCGAGGCAGAGGAAGAGGACACCGACGGGGAGAACUCAGCAGAGCGAGGCGACUGGGAGGCUGUCCCCACAGAGCCUGGUCGCCCUUGAAUGGAGAGGUCCGUGCUCCUUUUAAAUAAAACUGACCCAGAGCAAAACAGUGAAUGACAUAACUCACCCAAGAGCAUUCCUCUGGAGGACGUCUUCCGCAUGUGGCCGGGAUGCACGGGGAUGGCUCAGUGGCCGUCCCCUGGAGCAGGGCCCAGUGAAUCAUGAAAGCCUGGCUAAGAGGCCAGGAGACUGGGAAUGGGGUGCAGACCACCAGUCCAUGAGCAUGUUUGCUUUUUAGUAUCAAAGACUCCUUUUUUCUUUGCCGACGGCAGCUACACCACUAGAAAGAAGGGGCAGCCUGCUGUGUUCUCAGGACCCUGGUCAAUGCUGUAUUGGGUGCUUUUCUUUUCCUGGCCCCACACAGGGGUCCCUGUGUGUGUUGACGCCUGACCGGCUGCCUUCCAAGGCAUGGGGUGGGGCGGCUGUCUUGCCUUUGUUGUCGAACCUAAACCUUCUUGGGCCUUUUAGAUAUUUCACAUGCUGCUGCUUCCCGAAGUGACCUAGCUUUCUGUUCCGUAAGAUAUCUUGUUUACAUACUGCGUCAGGGAUUUUGUGAUACUUGAAAAUUCCUUAGGAGAAAAGCAAUGUUGAUCGCCACACUGCCUGUCCCGCACGAGGCCUAGAGGUUGGAACCGGGCUUGUAGCUGACCCGUGGGUGACAACAGAGCUCCCUUUUCAAAAGCGUAUGGUUGGGGAGAACCACUUUCUAGGCUCUCAGUUCCAGGAAAUUCCACGUCGUCUUGGAUGCUGUGUUCACUUGUAGAACUUUGAUAACCACCCAGAGGAAGAAGGUUGUUGAAAUGUAGGCAGAGGUUUGAAACCAGCCCCCGACGCACACACAUGCUUAUGUAUGUGGGCUUAAGCCCAGCCUCAGCUUCGAGUCUGGCUGAGAGCGGAGGAUAAUAAUGUGGAAUGUGUGCUUAAUGCCACUGGAUCUGGGGCGUGGGGGUGUACGAGGGAAAUGACACCACCACCGACGACAGGCCAGUGACUGGAUGGAAGGCCAGUAUUUGGGUGUCUGCAACGAGAGGGCUCUCAGGAAGACCCUUGUAACCAUGUGCAAUAUGUUUUUAUUUUGACUGGCAGCUGGUGCUCAGCGUGUUUUUUGUUUGGUCCAGGGUCUGGGGACACAUUGUUCACUCAUCACAACUGGGAGGUGCCAAGAACCACGGAAGCAUUUUUUUUGGUUUGUUUUUUAAGAACCCACGUUGGUUUUCUUGACUCGUUGGCCAGUCCAGGAGACCGUGGCAGGGGGACUGCCCCAAAGUGGCUGCAGCCUGCUGAGUCAGAUCCGAAGGUGGUGUUCAGGGCAGGGGAAGCCUCAGUGUGGAAGCGGAAUGAGAAGAGAGACUGGACGUGGAGACGGUGCUGCCACUUUGCCACACUAGCGUAGGAAACUGCACGUUCGUUUGUUGUUUUUCUCUUUUGCCUUUGCCAACCUCCUUUUAUUUAUGUGCGACUGGUUUGGAUUCCAAGUUAUUGUGUCUGUCUUUUUGGGGGCUGGGGGCUUGUGAGGGGCCCCCCAGUAGAGCCUCAUAGCCAGCCGGCCCCCAGGAAAAGAUGCCCUGCA